AUGGCGCCGCUUGGUCCCCCAGAGUGUGAUGAGCCUCACCUACAACCCGGAGUGAGAGGACGGAAUGGCAGGACCUCACGACGUCACGCAGCCCUCACUGCUGCCAAAGCUGUGACGCCCAGCCAAUGGGCUGAGGCGGGCGGGCCGCGGAGGCGGAGCCUGAAACCCAAAGAUAAAAUUAUUACAAGUGAAGUUGUUCUAGGAACGUUACCAAAGGUUUCCCAGGCUCUAUUUUUAAAUGACCAUAGUAAACCAUCAAAUUUCUUGUCUCCAGAACCAGUUGAGUCAAAAUAUCAACACCUGAGAGUUCAGCAUCAAAAGGUGAAACUGUUUGAAAAUGGCUAUCAACAGCAAAAUGUCUUUAAACCAGAAGACAUUCAUUGUAUGACCUUGGGUUUAGGUGUCUACAGGAAGAUUUGUCUUGUCACUGAAGGAUUGAUGAAAGGAACAGAAUCUAUGUAUCCUGGUGCAGCAUAUCAUAAGUAUGACCCGAUCUUUUUUCACUCCACUGGAAACUGAUUUAGUUUUAGACGCCUGGAUGGGGUCCUCAUUGAUGGAUAUGACAAAGGAAUAUCAAAAAUUGUACUCAGGCAAUAAAUAUCCAUAUGCAACCUCAACAAGAGAGAUCAACCUGGCUCUUUAAGAAUGAAUGGCAGUACAUGGUUAAUAUCAGAAAUUCACAGUCCUCUGGUUAUAGGACAGUAUACAGAGCCACUAAGGUCUGUCUGCUCUCAGGAAUUUGGUAUGCCUACAGUUUUCCCUAGAGAACUGAAACAUUUCCCAAACAUUUCCUGCAGUUUCGACAAAGGUUAG